UGCUUGAAGCCUACGGCAGGUAUGCUCAUAAAUUAAAGCCUGGGGAAGGGAGUUGCGUAUCCAGCGAAGGAUAGGGCGCCGGAGAAGACAGAGAGAGAAGGGAUGGAGAGGCUGCAUCGGAUCUUCUCGGGCGCGGGAGGGAUGGGACACCCGCCCACCGACUCCCCGCUGCUCGACACGGCCGAGCAGGUGUACAUCUCCUCGCUCGCCCUCCUCAAGAUGCUCAAGCACGGGAGGGCUGGGGUACCGAUGGAGGUGAUGGGGCUGAUGCUGGGGGAAUUCGUGGACGAAUACACGGUCCGGGUGGUGGACGUGUUCGCGAUGCCGCAGAGCGGGACCGGCGUCAGUGUCGAGGCCGUCGACCACGUCUUCCAGACCAACAUGCUCGAUAUGCUCAAGCAGACCGGAAGAUCUGAAAUGGUAGUAGGCUGGUACCAUUCUCAUCCAGGCUUUGGUUGUUGGCUCUCUGGGGUUGAUAUAAAUACACAGCAGAGUUUCGAAGCCUUGAAUCCAAGGGCAGUUGCGGUUGUGGUAGAUCCAAUCCAGAGUGUUAAAGGGAAAGUUGUCAUCGAUGCUUUCCGCCUCAUCAAUCCUCAGACCAUGAUGCUAGGCCAAGAACCUCGCCAGACUACUUCCAAUGUCGGGCAUCUCAACAAGCCGUCCAUUCAGGCAUUAAUCCAUGGGUUGAAUCGACAUUACUACUCUAUAGCUAUAAAUUAUCGGAAAAAUGAGCUUGAAGAAAAGAUGUUACUGAACCUGCACAAAAAGAAGUGGACUGAUGGAUUGACUUUGCAGCGGUUCGAUACCCAUUCAAAAACUAACGAGCAGACCGUGCAGGAAAUGCUGAAUUUAGCCAUCAAGUACAACAAAGCGGUUCAGGAGGAAGACGAGUUGCCACCGGAGAAGCUUGCAAUUGCAAAUGUGGGAAGGCAAGAUGCGAAGAAGCAUUUGGAAGAGCAUGUCUCGAACUUGAUGUCAUCAAACAUAGUUCAGACUCUGGGAGCCAUGCUUGACACUGUCGUGUUCUAAUAGGUCCAUGUUGCAGAAGACACGAUUUUCUUCAUCGAACCAAGUCCCAUCAUUAAUUUUCUCAAAAUGAAUCUCGUGUUGGCUUUUGAGUUAUGAUGAUAUUGUUGUUAUGCCACUAGCAAAUUUCAGGAGUAGGAAGGGCCUUAACGUUUGAAGCUGUCCGUUAUUUUAUCAUCGUGACGAUCGUGUUACGAUCGCUAUCCUCCUAUCAAGUCCACGCGGAGGUUCGGCAACGAUUCUCGUACCCUUGUUCUGAAUAUGGAGCCCCAGUGUGAUCUAUGUCAGCCAUAGGUUUUUUUUUUUGGUAAAUUUAUGUCAGCCAUAGUUACUCAUGGAGCAAAGGCAAAUGGCUUGGCUGCGGUGGCUUUUUCUUUUCUUUUUUUUUUUGGGGGUUCUGAGGCCUCAACCGUCUUAGCCUCUCACCUCUUUGUUCCUGCUUAUGGUCAUGGUUUUCCACUUGGGAUGGGGUUCUUGUAUCGUUCAGGGCUUGCUGUAUUGUCAUGGUAGUUCCGCUCAUGGUCUCUUAGGAAAAAUAAAAAUUAGAAAAUAGAUAUCCACCCAUUUCCUUCGUGCGGGUGCGUAAGAAUUUCCAGGGAUGUCAAUUCAGUUUGGCACAAGUGGAGUCACGGGUGUUCCUGCGUUUGUCUCAGUGACUCCCAAAUAUUGUUCCCUUCAGCUAUUGGUAACUGCACGAAACACUUUUAACACAUGUAUCCACCUGAAAACUCCCAAAGAAGUGCUUACCGUCGUGUUUGAUAGGGGCAAGUGGCCCGACUUCUGCACCCCUGGAGACGCGAACCUGGAAGCAAACCAAGAGGAGCAAAAACAUGAGGGAAGCUCUUUUGCGAGUCCAUGCCUCUAUUCUGGCCAGAGAGCUUGUUAAAAAAGUUGCCAGUGCAAAAGUUUUUAUUUAUUAUCAUUAUUAUUAUUGUUGUUGUUGUUAUUGUUAUUGUUAUAUAGAUGCAGACUCUAGAGGUCUAGAUUUUCUUAGA